GCGCUGAGCCGAGCCCGGAGCGCGGCGGCCGCUGAGAGCCCCCGGCCGGAGGCGCGGAGCGGCCUGCACUGAGCGCGGCGCGGCGGGAUGGCGGCGGCCCCGGGCCCGUAGCCGGCGGCGCUGGGAGCCCGGCGGCUCCAUGGAGGAGACUUAGGGGAGCGCCCGGGACGGGACCGGAGCCGGCGAUGAUGAUGCCGUCACCUGGACAGACCCUGACCACUGGAGGCCUGAGGACAUAGCUGCAGCUGCUGCCUGGGAUCCAGAAGGCGUGGAGGCAGGGAAGAGCCUAGAACUUUGAGGUGGCUGUGAACUCUAAGAUGUCCUUGAGCAGCGGAGCUUCCGGAGGGAAAGGAGUGGAUGCAAACCCUGUUGAGACGUACGACAGUGGGGAUGAGUGGGACAUUGGAGUAGGGAACCUCAUCAUUGACCUGGACGCUGACUUGGAGAAGGACCAGCAGAAACUGGAAAUGUCAGGCUCCAAAGAGGUGGGGCUGCCGGCGCCCAACGCCGUGGCCACACUGCCUGAUAACAUCAAGUUUGUGACUCCGGUGCCGGGCCCUCAGGGCAAGGAGGGCAAGUCCAAAUCCAAGAGGAGCAAGAGUGGCAAGGACAGUGGCAAGCCGGCCCAAGGAACCUCUCUGUUCACUCCUGGCGAUGGGGCCAGCGGCAAGAAGGAGGUUCAGGGACGUUCUGGGGAUGGCGCCAGUUCGGGCGGCCUGGUGGCUGCUGUCAUCCCAAAGGGCACUGAGAAGUCGGCCAAGGCAUCUCGCAGCGUGGCCAGCUCCAAAAAGGAGAAGGAGGGCAGCUCAUCCAAGAGCAAGAAGGAAAGGAGUGAGGGUGUGGGGGCUCCAUCAGAGAAGGAGCCCAGCGUGCUCCAGCCUCUCGCCCUGGCUGUGAGGGUGGGACAGUACGAUGCAGGCCAAGGGCCAGAACCUGCUGCAGCCGAGCAGCUCGGGAGUAUAGCUAUCGACACGGGAGCUGCGCUCAAUCCUUUGGGAGUUAAAUCGGAGAUGGAGGAUGGGGAAAGUGAGUGCCGGCAGCCAAAAAAGGUCAAAGCAGAGAAGAUGGAGUCUCCAGUCUCCACGCCUGCAGUUUUGCCCUUGCAUCUCCUGGUCCCCGUUGUCAAUAAUGACAUCUCAUCACCAUGCGAGCAGAUCAUGGUACGCACUCGCUCUGUGGGGGUGAACACCUGCGAUGUGGCAUUGGCUACCGAGCCGGAGUGUCUGGGCCCUUGUGAACCCGGCACCAGCGUCAACCUGGAGGGCAUCGUCUGGCAGGAGACGGAAGAUGGUAUGUUGGUGGUUAACGUGACCUGGAGGAACAAGACAUAUGUGGGUACGCUGCUGGAUUGCACGCAGCAUGACUGGGCGCCCCCCAGGUUCUGCGACUCUCCCACCAGUGACCUGGAGAUGCGGAACGGCCGGGGCAGAGGCAAGCGCAUGCGCCCUAACAGCAACACGCCGGUGAACGAGACGGCCGCUGCCUCGGACAGCAAAGGGACCAGCAACAGUAGCAAGACACGGGCGGGGGCCAGCAGCAAAGGGCGCCGAGGGAGCCAGACCUCCUCGGAUCACCGCCCCCCACCCGGUGGCACUGCCGAGGAUGUGAAAGCCAGCCCCUCGUCAGUGACUAAGCGGAAAAGCAAGCCCCUUUCUGACAUGGAGCUCAACUCGAGCUCGGAGGACUCCAAGGGCAGCAAGCGCAUCCGCACCAACUCGAUGGGCUCGGCUGCCGCGCCCCCAGCCGGGGUCAAGGUAGAACCUGUGGGCCUGGACAGGAACUGCCCCUCCCCCAUCCUCAUCGACUGCCCUCACCCCAAUUGUAACAAGAAGUACAAGCACAUUAACGGGCUGAAGUACCACCAGGCCCACGCACACACGGACGACGACAGCAAGCCGGAGGCGGACGGGGACAGCGAGUGCGGCGAGGAGCCGCCCCUUCACACCGACGUCGGCAGCUGCAACGGCUCCCAAAAGGGCUCCCUCUCGCCGGCCCGAUCGGCCACGCCCAAGGUGCGGCUGCUGGAGCCUCACAGCCCCUCCCCGUCCAGCAAGUUCAGCACCAAGGCCCCCUGCAAGAAGAAGCUGGGCGGAGAAGGUGACAUGGACCCCGGAGCCCUGUCCAACGACGGCUCCGAAGAUGGCCCCUCGAUGGCGGACGAGACAAGCAACGAUGGCUUUGAGUCGCUAGAGAAGAGAUGCCUUGACAAGGAGAAGUGCAAGAAGCCAGCUGGUGCUAAGCCAGACAAGCUCCCUUCCAAAAGCUUAAAGUCCGCCAGACCCAUUGCUCCUGCUAUUCCCCCACAGCAGAUCUACACCUUCCAGACGGCCACCUUCACCGCAGCCAGCCCCGGCUCUUCUGCCGCCUUGACUGCCACCGUAGUCCAGGCCAUGCCCAGCAGCCCCCAGCUCAAGCCCAUCCAGCCAAAGCCCACGGUCAUGGGGGAGCCCUUCACGGUCAACCCCGCCCUGACUCCUUCCAAGGACAAGAAGAAGAAGGACAAGAAGAAGAAGGAAUCCAAAGAGGUCGAAAACCCCCUGACUCCUGGAAAAGUCUGCCGAGUGGAGGAGGGCAAAAGUCCCUUCCGAGGGGAAUCUGGGGAGCUCGGGACCAAAGGGGAGGGCCUCCUGAAUGGUUCGUCUGACCCGCACCAGAGCCGGCUCGCCAGCAUCAAGGCUGAGGCAGAUAAGAUCUACAGUUUCACGGACAACGCGCCGAGCCCGUCCAUUGGGGGCGCCAGCAGGCUGGAGAAUGCUGCUGCCACCGCCCCAGCUCAGCCCAUGACCCCGCUGCACGUGGUUACCCAGAACGGGGCGGAGGCGGGCUCAGUGAAAACCAACAGCCCGGCCUAUUCGGACAUCUCGGAUGCGGGGGAGGAUGGGGAGGGCAAGCUGGAGAGCAUGAAAGCCAAGGACCCUGAGCAGCUGGGCAAGGAAGGCGCAAAGAAAGCGCUUUUCCCUCCCCAGGCGCAGAGCAAGGACUCCCCCUACUACCAAGGCUUUGAAGCGUACUAUUCCCCGGGCUACCCCCAGUCAAGCCCUGGGCCCAUGAACCCCAGCAGCCAAGCUGCCGUGGAGAGCCAGCCCUUGAAGAUGAAGAAGGACGAGGAGCAAGAGAGCCCGGAGGUGAAGGUGAAGAGCGAAGGCUGCGAGGAGAAGAAGGUGGAGCUCAGCAGCUCCAGCCAGCAGCCCUCGGUCAUCCAGCAGCGCCCCAACAUGUACAUGCAGUCCCUCUACUACAACCAGUACGCCUACGUGCCCCCCUACGGCUACAGCGAGCAAGGCUACCAUGCCCACCUGCUGAGCACCAGCCCGGCCUACCGGCAACAGUACGAGGAGCAGCAGAAGCAAAGGCAGAGCCUGGAGCAGCAGCAGCCCCGCGGGCUGGAGAAGAAAGCAGAGCUGGGCCUGAAGGAGAGGGAGGCAGCCCUCAAGGAGGACUGGAAGCAGAAGCCGUCCGUCCCUCCCACGCUCACAAAAGCCCCUAGCCUUACGGACCUGGUGAAAUCGGGGCUGAGCAAGGCCAAGGAGCCGGGGGCUGCUGACAUGGCCAAGUCAGUGAUCAUCCCCAAGCUGGAGGACUCCUCCAAGGUCCCCAGCCAGGUGGCCGAGGGACUCAAGGUGAAGCUGGCCGAGGCCAGCCACCUGGGGAAGGAGACGGCAGAGUCGAAAGCGGGCGUGGAGUGCGGCAGGCAGGCAGAGGUGGACCCCGUCCUGUGGUACAGACAGGAAGCGGAGCCCAGGAUGUGGACCUAUGUUUAUCCUGCCAAGUACUCGGAGCUCAAGAGCGAGGACGAGAGGUGGAAAGAGGAGAGGGACAGGAAGUUGAAGGAAGAAAGGAGCCGAAGCAAAGAGGCCGGCCCUAAGGAGGAUGGGAAGGAGAGCACAAGCUCUGAAUGCAAACUGACGUCCUCCGAGGAGUCCCGCAUGGUGGGGAAAGACCCCAGACCCAGCGUCCACGUCCCCGUGUCUUCGCCCCUCACCCAGCAUCAGUCCUACAUCCCCUACAUGCACGGCUACUCCUACAGCCAGUCGUACGACCCCAACCACCCCAGCUACCGGGGCAUGCCAACCGUCAUGAUGCAGAACUACCCAGGAUCCUACCUGCCCUCCAGCUAUUCCUUCUCCCCAUAUGGCAGCAAGGCCUCUGGGAGUGAGGACGGUGACAAGGCGCGAGCCAGCCCCAGCGUGAGCUGCAAACCCAGCUCAGAGUCCAAGGCCCUGGACAUCCUGCAGCAGCAUGCCAGCCACUACAAGAGCAAGUCUCCCACGAUCAGCGAGAAGGCGUCUCAAGAGAGGGAGCGUGGCGGCUGCGGGGUGGUAGCUGGGGGUGGAGGCUGCAGCAGCGUUGGGGGAGCAGCAGGCGGAGAGAGGAGCGUAGAUCGGCCCCGGACCUCCCCUUCCCAACGCCUGAUGUCAACACACCACCACCACCACCACCUGGGGUACUCUCUGCUGCCAGCCCAGUACAACCUGCCCUAUGCAACAGGUCUCUCUUCGACAGCCAUCGUGGCCAGCCAGCAGGGCUCCGCUCCCUCCUUGUACCCGCCUCCCAGGAGGUGAGAAUGGACGCGCUGUGAUUGGAUAAAGGGGUCUGUACCAAGUCAUGUGACUGGCUCACAUGAGGAAGCGCUGGAAAUUCCAUUAGACAUCAGUUGAAUGGUGUUAAUUGUUCUGUUUGACGUUCCUGCCCUAAUCUGAGGCAGACUUUCCUCUUCCCGAUGGGACACGCGGGUCCCCGCCCCCUCCACGCCCCUUUCCUUGUGAGCCGGGGAGCUGGAACCUACAGGAAUAUUUAUUCUACUGCCCACCGUCCCUGGGAAGGGAAGCGACCUGCCUGCCUGGUGCAUAUGAAGAGGCAAUGGAAGCACCGAGGGUUUCCGGUGGAUUUGAUUCAGUGUCCCUUUGGAGGUCACUGCUUCGCCAGGGUCUGAGCAGCACAGGACACGGGGUGGGGAGGGAGCACCAGCCGGGCCUGCUCAGCACGCAGCCCUCCCGCCAGCUGCACUUGGCUCCAUGGGAGUGCAGCCCAGAUCGCUAGAGUCGAGUUGCCUGGACCCAGAGUCGCAGUCCCAGGGAAGAAAGUUUAGGUCUCUUUUCAUUUGUAGUAGUGCUGAUCAGGUACCAGCGAGGAGCGUGGGUGGAUGGUUCAGUGCAGCGGGAUGGGUGCGUGUCUCUGGUGAGCGAGCAAGCGCGCGCGCCCAUGGACAUGUCAGUGCAGUGUGGGGGUGGACUCGGUGCACAGUGGGGGACAAGUAGCAUCUGCAGCAUGGGGAAGAGAGCACAUGUCAGUGCAGCGGGGGGUGAGCGUGCGUCAGUGCAGCCUGGGGGGGCGUCAGUGCAGCACAGGGGAGGAGGGGGCUUAUCAGUGCAGCGGGUGGCGGGUUCACACUUCAGCUGUGUACUCGGCCGGUGCCCAGAGUGCCAUGCCCUGUAUUAAGCAGGUUUGUCAGUGUUCAGGCAACGCAGAGAGGUGCUGGGUGCCCAGACUAGUCUAGCUGUGGGGUGAACAGGAGUCACCGGCUAAGAAUCUGUUCUGCCCCCUCCGGGUGCUCUGCUGCUAGGGGUUUUCCCCUCAGGCUCCCAGUGCCCCUGCCAGCCCUGUCUCUUCUGCCUCCUUUCCACUCAUCUUCCUCAGACCCGCUGCACUGGCAGCUGCCAUCCCCCCGCCCCGCCUUCCCUGCUGGCAGGGGGCAUGGGUUGCCAUGGCUCAGGCUAACCCCAGUUUGUCACAAACAAGGCCCUUGGGUGGGCUCUCCCUCUGAGUCCUGUGAGCGUUCUGCCCCCCCCGCUCCACCUGCAGGGUUGACCGGCUGCGUGGCCGUUCCCCCCUGCACAGACCUAGGGCCCCCCACGUUUGCAUAGUCGUCAGUGCACGCGUGCGAGCACUGGCGGGGGCGUGCUAGGCCUGCUCUCGGCACCGCACCUGGGGCUGGGGGGACGGGAAGCUCUUCCAACGCUGGAUGGAGUUGUCUCCUCCGGAGGCUGGCCAGUCUGUGCAGAUGGGGGGCAGGUCUGCUCUGGGCUAGGGAAGCAGCCGGUGGUGGCACCUGCAUCUCUGCCCGGCUGCUGCAGGGGCCUCUGCCUUGGGCGCGCCAAACUCCAGUUCAUUUGGUGGGUUUUUAAUUUUGGAUUUCUGAGCUGUGAGGGGCGUGGGAGGUGAGAGCAUGGAGCAGUGGGUCUGACGCGGCUGGGCGCGUCCCCCGGCCUCUGGGCGCGUCCCCCGGCCUCUGGGCGGGAGGGAGCCGGGGUGUGUGUGCUGUGAACCCCCCACCCCAUGGACGUAGGCAGUAGCUGUAGGACUGUUCAUGCUUUGCCAGGCUCCAUUAGCCGAACUGGUCCUUGCCCUCCCCCCUCAGCUGGCCUUGCUGAUGUGCUGUAAGGACCGCUCCCUGGCCUACGGGCAGCAUGGUGCUGCUGCACAGCCCAGGUGCUGCCGCGAGGGGCUGAUCUCCAGGAGUUAGCAGCCACUCGAAGCUGAUCCCAGCCGGCCUAUUCCACCCCUCGAGGCAUGGGAGGUCCCCCAGCAGAGCAGGGGCUGGCUCGCUCCCCGCUGUUGGCUCACCCCCAGCCUGGCCCAGAGCCGCUGGGCGUUCUGGCUCUGCGCUGUGCAGUGUCUGGCGAGCUGUGUGUCGCGUUGUCCCGGGCUGUGCGCCGCCCGCGGGCGCUGUACAUACUGUAAAAAGGAAUUGUUUGAAAGCUGUUGUUUUGGUUUUUGUUUCUUUCCCUGUGGGAGGAGCCCCCCCCUCCCCCCGUGUGCAAUCAAAGAGGAGCCACUGUUGAGUGUGUCGGCCCUGGUGUCCAAUGAAGGCAGUGUGUCCGCGCAGCCCUGCCCCCUCCCGCAGCCGCCCUUCAUUGGACUGAUUCUUUUAACCUUUUCCUUUUGUCUGUCAAAGGAACCCGGGUGCUUGCUCCGCUUACAGCCAGGCUCUGUCUGCUGCAUGGGAGGGGCCAGCCCAGCCUCCCUCAUCUCCCGCAGGGCUCAGCCAAAGGGCCGAGGGUGGGGCGGUCUUUCCCAGGGUUCUCAGGAGUAGGAGGCUGGGAAAUGCUGCAGUGCCCCCCAGCACCUCCAGGACACACGCAGCUCAGCUGCGGCCAGAGCAGAGAAUCCACCUGCCACCACCCAGAGCAGCUGCCCUCUGGUCACCUGUCUGGUGUAAUGGCAUGGGGCCUAGGUGGGUUUCCUAGGGCCUGGUAGGGUAGGGAGGUUCGGAUUGGCUUCGAGGGUGGGAACUGCCUGCCUGGGGGACUUAGGAGGCAGAGCCCCAUCCCUCGGGGAGUCUUGGGCCUAGCCUUUCGCUCUGCCUGUGGCUGGGCAAGGGUCUCCCAAGCUGCUGGCAUGAAGUGACACGCAGAGCCACCUGGGCCCCAUGGAGCCCAAUUCCCAGCGGGGGGCGGGGACCUAUUUGUGUGUGUUGGUACCAACGAGGGGGUCAGAUGGCUUCAGGUUCCUUAUGGUGGGGCUGGGGGUUGGUCUCUUCCUGGUACCUUGGGGUGGCAUCGCCAGCCUGCUCCCCAGCUGCCUGGCACCUGGCUCUGGCAGCUGGGAGACCAUCAGGCAGCCUUGCCGGGCCAAGGAACUCCUGGGGCUGGGCAGUGCCAGCCCCUGGCCCAGCUGCUCGGCGGUGGGGCUGGCAGGGGGCUGGCAGAGAGGGCUCUGGCAUGUUGAAAAUGGGAGGGUUUGAGCUGCGGGGACAAUUCAGCGCCCUGUGCCCAGCUGCUGCCACCCAUUGUGGGCAAAGGGUUUCCCAGCCCCCCUUUCGGAAGUGCCACUUGGCUUCCGCCUGCCCAUAGGUGGUAAUUAAAGCUGCCGUGUAACCCGUAGUUUGAGGUUUGACAGUUUCAAUGUUCCUGGUGGGCUCCUGCUGCCGCAGGAGGGGGGUGGUCGGCUGGGUAGCACGCUGCAGUCCUGUCCCUUGUAGCAGUGUCUGUUCGGAGUUACCCCCCCGCGCCGGAGCACUGUGAGCAGGGUCCCAGCGGGGCGUUGAAGCGCUGAUGUUCUAGCUCUUGUUUCCGUUGGAGUUGCUGUGUUGGGUUUAAUUUCAGUCUUCCUGAUUCUGCCCUUCUGUAAAGUGUACAUUAUUACCAAGCUCCUUGUUUUUUAUAUAUAUAUAUAUAAAUAUAUAUAUACACAACCUGCGCUCUCCCUGCCCGGGGCCAGUCAGGCAAGGAGAGAGAAUAAAUCUUUUUAAGAGACAAUCACAAA